CCUUAUUCUGGGUGGAUGUCUUUUGGUUUCCUGAACAACUCUACCAAUUAAUUAUAGCGAUUUGGAGGGAGGGAGUACGACUGUUCCGACUGAUAUAAAUAGCAGUGGCUUUUCGUUUUUCUCCAUUUAUGACUGAACUAAGGGUAGAAUAUGUAAAUAUUCCUAAUGUUCAGGGGAAAAAAUUGAAACUAAAAACGAAAGAGAUAGGGAGAGAGACGAUAAUCUCCUCUUCAGUUGUGUGGCUGAACCCUGUUGCGCGAGUGCGAGUGGGUCUUAUUAUUGUGUCGGUGGUUCAAAGCUGCUUCAUCUCCGUAGGCAGGAAUCAAAGAGCCGAGAGAGAGGAAGAUAAAGAAAUUAUGGCUGCAAUCUUGCUGUCUUGCUGUUCAAUUUGUUGUUCUGCAAAAGAAAACCCACCAUCCCAAACAAUUUUUCUAGGAGCUGGAAGAAGGGUCCUGCGUCCAACUAAUAACGGGAGCAAUGAAUUUCAUCAAACCAGAAAUCCAUCAUCAUCAAGGUUCUUUGUGUUUGCUGCAACGGAAGGUUCGAGAAAAUCGAGCAAAUCUGACGAAAAGAUCCCAUCUUGGGCUCGUCCAGAGUCAGAGGAGCCCCCUCCCUGGGCUGUGGGCGAAGGCCUAAAUAACACCACAUCGAACCCGACCUUUGAGAUUCCCUUCUACGCUUAUUUGCUUGCCUCUGCAAUUACCGCCAUUGCUGCAAUAGGUUCUGUUUUUGAGUAUGUGAAUCAAAGGCCUGUGUUUGGAGUUUUGGGGUCAGACAGCGUUUUUUAUGCUCCAUUACUUGGAUUCUUUGCAUUUACUGGCAUCCCCACUUCUGCAUUUUUGUGGUAUAAAUCGGUUCAAACUGCUAAUAAGGAAGCUGAAGAACAAGACAGGAGGGAUGGCUAUCGUCGGUAAACUGAAAUUUACGACGAUUACUGUGAUGGACUAGUAGAAGGUUCAAUUGGUGUUCCACUGAAGCAACAAUGGCAAUGACGCUACCUUCAGCUAUGCAUCUCCAGACAUUAUCCAAGAUGUUGCAUGGUAUAGGUCUUUUGUAUGAAAUGGGAAAAAGAAGGUUACAACUUCAUUCAUAAGCAAGGACAAGAGACCAAGCUGUUUGAA